GCUCAAGGUGGUGCUGCUGAGCAACCAGCCAGAAGAGGAAAGGAAGGAAAGGCAGAAGGAGAAAAGGAAGAAGGCGGAGGAGAAGAAGAAGCAGGUCCGCCGAUGCCGCGUCCCAGCUGCGAGAUGGAUGACGUGUUGCCCCUCACCGCCUUCUGCCCGGCGACAGUGGAGAACGCCACCGCGUGAGGUCCAAGGAGCGGGCGGUGGUGGUGCCGGCCACUCACCUUUCAAGAUGGCCGCGAUGCUGCCCUGGCGCCGGAGCAAGUUCGUCCUAGUGGAAGAGCGCAACGGUGUUGCCAACGUUGGGUGCAAGGUGAAGAGCCUGGGCCCGGUGCUGAGCUACGGCUCGUUGCUCUCGAACCUGCUGCGCUCCUGCCCGGACCUGUGGCCGGAGUGUCCUUCGUGGCCGCGCUUUGGUGGCCGCCGCCAGAAGGCGGAGCUGAACCCGGAGGACCCAUCCUGCUCGGCCUGGUACCUGGGCAACGCCGUCACUUUGCAGGCCAAGGGCGAGGGCUGCACCGAGGAGGCCGUGGACAAGAUCUGGGCCAAGAGCGAACGCGGUGCCCGCGGCACCAAGAUGACACUCAGCGCGGGGCGACACGGCUUGCGCAUGAGCCCUGUCGCGGCCGAGAAGGAGCCCGCACGCCACCGCCGACUUAGCCAUGCUUACCUUUUGCCGCGCAUCACCUAUUGUGCCCCCGACCGGCGCCGUCCCAGAAUCCUCACCUGGGUCUACCGCCACCAGGUCAAGAACAAAGCGGUGGUGCUGCGGUGCCACGCCGCGCUGCUCUCCCGGCCGGAGAAGGCCCACGGCUUGGCUCUGCACGUGGCCCAGGCUUCUUGCGCCGCCCUCGACGAGUUCAAGCGGCUCAAGCGGCAAAGCGACGCCCGGCAGCUCCACCGGCAGUUGUUAGGCGAUGCCGGCGUGCCCUCGGUGCCGUUACGGAAGCUGCUCAACUGCAAGUGCCCGUACCGCGCAGCGCCGGAGAAAACCCGCAACGGGCCUCGUCUCAGCGCUAUCAAAGAAGAGGAAGAAAAGGACGAGGAGGAAGAAUACAGAAGCACAGCUGUCGGCGGCAUCUUCCGCCUCGAACGGGCCGAAGAGCGGCCCGAGGUGGCGGCCUUGGCACAGGAAUUGCGCUUCUGUACCUUGCGAAGCCAUUUGCACCGGCGAGCGGACACCCCUUGCUUGCCUUGGUGAGGAACCCAGAGCCAUCCUCAUUCCCCUUUGGUUAUUAUUCAAGACUGGAGUCGCGUUGGGAACGAAUGUUGUGUCUACACAGAGCUCCUCUCAUUGCUCAUCACGGAUUCAUUCCCGUGUCCGAACUCCUUCCGAGUUUCGUGUUGUCUGAUUUUA